AUGUCGCUAUCUAAAAGCGAGUCCGACGUAAUUCUCAACCGGGCCAAUGUCGCCCUAUCCCGAAGCCAACGGCUCGUAGCCUCAUGGCUACCGCAGCAAACAACAGAAGAGCUAGCAAACCCCAAGACCGACGAAGAGCUCCAACGAGAAGAAGAUGAAAUAUUCACCGCAGUGCCAGAGACCCUCGGCGUCGGAGCCCCCCUCCCCCAGAAAGCAGCAGACGGAAGCUGGAACCGCACAGAGCUGGACUCAAAUGAUAAACUGCGCAAACAACUCCUCGGCAAGAACUACGAUCGCGUUAUGAAGGCUGCUGCCGAGCAGAAGGCGGCCGCGGCUGCAUCUGCCUCAGCUAGCACGGCGAAAGCCGAGGUCGAGGAGGAAUAUGAUGAAGAGGAUGGUCGGUCGGCUAUGCUUGCUAGACAGAAGAAUAAGAGGAAGGGUGGGGCUGGGGCGAGUCGUGGUGUGCAUCCUGCAGCUGCGGCUGCUGAGGCCGGAGAUAAAGGUGGUGAGGAAGGCGAGGGUGUGCCAUCUCAACAGGCUCCCGCUCGCGCCAAGGGCAGGAAGAAGGCGACGAGUUAUCUUGAUGAGCUUUUGGCUGAGCGUGCGAAGAAGAGAAAGAAGAAGUGA